CUAGAGGUAAAUAACGACAUAACAUGUGUGAGCGCAGCGUCAUCAGAACCCUCCUUAAUCCUGCAUUCUAGAACCAGAGGCUUAUCUGAGCUGCUCAUCACAAAGGCAACAGACAACUUAAUCUGCUGCUCACCCACCCCGGCUUUCGAGUACGAGGACACUGGAAGCACAACUGCCCGCAACCUUUGGUGCUGAAACAGUUGCUCUGUGAUAGAGGGCGCAGUCUCUAGGCUCGGGUGCGAACUGUUUCGGGCGCAGAGUUUGAUCAGCUCCCUUUCUGCUGGGCGAUGGCGUUCAUGUUGAAGUCCAUGGUGGGCGGUCAGUUGAAGAAUCUGACCACAGGUUUAGGACGGGGUGACGAGAAAGCCGAAGGCGAGAGCUGUGAAGCGGCGGCACAAGGGAUGACUACGGAAGAGUUUGAGGAGUACCAUAAGCAGCUGGUGGUGGAAAAGAUGGAGCGGGAUGCUAGUUUUGCACAGAAGAAGGCAGAGAGAGCCACAGUACGAAGUCAUUUCCGGGAUAAGUACAGACUCCCAAAGAACGAGCUGGACGACACUCAGAUCCAGCUGGCAGGUAAUGAAGUGGAGCUGCCAAAAGAGCUGGCCAAGAUGAUCGCGGAAGACAACGAGGAGGAAGUGAAGGACUCAGUUAUCGGGCAGCUGGCCAGCAUCCAGAACCUGGACCUGGACUCGGUGAAGGACAAAGCACAGGCCACUAUCGAGGAGCUCAAGCAGACUGCCAAGAAGUGCACAGUGAUGUGAGUGAGUGAGCUCUCUCUCUCUCACACACGCUCACUGCCCGUAACCCUCUCUCUCUCUCACUCACACUCACUAACCCUAAC